ACUUAGUUUAAGAAGGCAAGAACAAAGACAGGUCGAGAGAGCCGAAGAACGUAGAAGGAAACUGAGAAAGAUGGGCUAUGGAUUGAUUUCAGCAGGAAGCGAAGCUUCCUUCUAUCUCUGCAUAGCAUCUAACCCUUUGUGUGGAAGAUCUAUUGGAGCCUUUGAUUGUGUUUGCUUCAAUACCCAUCAGCCAAAAAUUACAAUUUCGAUCGAAAAUCGUUCUCGGUCUUUCAGAACUAAGGCUGCUGUUAAUGAUAGGUUUGUUACUGCAAACCCAGAGAUGAAUUUCUAUGAGUUGUUGGGGAUUUCAGAGAGUGGAUCCUUCUCAGAUAUCAAGCAAGCUUAUAAGCAAUUGGCGUUGAAGUAUCAUCCCGAUGUGUCGCCUCCUGAAAGGGUAGAUGAGUACACUAAGAGAUUUAUUCAAGUACAGGAGGCGUAUGAGACAUUGUCUGAUCCAAACAGAAGAGCUUUGUAUGACAGGGAUUUGGCCAGGGGUUUGCAUCUGGCUUUCUCAGCACGCAAAGGCAAUAGAUAUGAAGAGGAUUUGGAGGAGAGAAUCAACUGGAGGAACCAGUGGGAGUCUCAACUUGACGGGUUAAAAAGGAGGAGCAUGAACAAGGAUUCAACAGGGAACAUGUCAUGGGGAGCUCGAAUGCGCAGAAGAAGGAAUGAAUCAUCAACCGACUUGUAGGUUGAUGUUUUGAUAUACUGUAUAUAUUUUUCGCUACUUGUGUUGAUAUGGCUUUGGCCUGGACGACAAAUCAAAACCAAAGACACUGGUUUUUUUUUUUGGAUAACUGUGUCUUUUUCUCAGCCCUUAUUCACAACAGGUAUUUGAAAGCAGUGUACAGAAGAUCAAAUUUUCAGUUGCUGAGUUUGAGUUUGGUUCUUGGA